AUGAGAAUUAUUUAUAAAAUUUUAUUACUUUCUCUGCUACUUAUUGUUACAAAAUCUGUAUUUAUCAGAAAAUAAACUAUUAAAAGCGAUGAUGUUUUGGGAUAAGUUGUUAUUGUUGAGGAGUAUAAUACAUAGGAUUAAGCUAAUUUAGAUACAUAUAUUUAGUAAAAUGCAUAAUUUAUUGAAGAGGAAUUAGAUUAUGCUUCAUAAUUAGCAAACAUGAUGCUAAAUUCAUUAGAAAAUGAAUUAGUGGAUGAUAAAUUAAUCAAAAACGGAGGUCCAGUAUUUAAUGCCUUAGAGAAUUUAAAAGGAGUUGUUAAUGAAAUGCAAUAGGCAGAACAUGAUUAUUUGGAGGAAGUUAAACACGAAAGAGAAGAAACAGAAUAGACUUUGAGCGAAUUGGAAAAAUAAGUCAAAGAAGAUAGCAAUAAAUUAUAAACUAAGAAGAAAGAUAAGAAACCAAAAUUAUCAACUAUACAAACACCAAGAGAGUAAUAUAAAUAAGAAAAAAAGCUGCAAAACCCUAAUUUAGUAUAAAAGCUUUAUUAAGAAGGACAAAAAUUGAAUCAAUUUAAUGAUACUGUAAAUAAAAAACAUGAUAAUUUGAAUAAACUAUUAGAUGAUAUUUAGUAAAUUAUUUAGAGAUAAGAAGAAAGAGAUGAAGUUAAUGAUUUAAUUACUGACUAUGGAAAAGUUGACUAAUAACAAAUAAACGAUUGGAUUUAAGAUGACUACGAUAGCCAAGAAGAAACAGAAGAAUAAAUUAAUAUUACAUAACCUAAAAAUAUGGAUUAAAGUACUAAAUCUCAAUAAGAAGUUAACAGUAAAUCUUAAAAUUUCAAUUCAACUCCUGAAAAGGCUAAGAAAGAGGAUUUAAAAAUUGGUUUGGGUCCCUAAAUUUCUAUGAAAUAGACUACUUCUUAUAAACCACUUUACAAAGACCCUUCGAUUAUAAUUGGAGUUAUUAGCUUUUUGCUGUUGUUGGGAGGUUUAGGAUAUUACUUUAUUAGAUCUAAAAUGAAUCUAAGAAAAUCUUCAUCAACAAUUUUAGAACAGGCUGGGGAAAUAUCUCUUUCACAAGGAAAAUAUGAAAAAGUCAAAAUCAUUUGA